UCAGUACCUAUGCCAAUUUCAGGAGUCCGGUAAUGCCUCUGGUGUGGAAGCUGCUCUUUUACGGCUUAUCACUCCAGUCGUAAAGCUUUACACUGGAAAAAUGUGUGUGCCUCUCAUAUCUGAAGCGAUGGAGUGUUUUGGAGGACAGGGAUACAUUGAAGAUACGGGGAUUCCAUCAGCUUUACGAGAUGCGCAGGUAACCCCUAUAUGGGAGGGAACAACGAAUAUUCUUUCUCUUGACGUUUUGCGUGUUUUCGCUGCUAAAGAGGACGUGUACGAUUUGUUUGAGAAAAGAGUAAACGAACAUCUACCUGCAAAAAGUGUAGAAGGUCUCGAUAAACCAAUCGCUGCAGUUCGAGAAGCUAUAUCUUCUCUACGCACGGUUCUUCACAAUGCGUUGACAUCUGAUGGUUCCAUGCGUGUGGAUGUUUGCGCGAGACAAAUUGCUUUUGGGAUAGCAAGGAUCUGGGCAGGUUCUCUUCUUAUUCAUCAUGCCUCCGAAGAAGAUGCAACGAAAUCUGAUAGAGAUGUCGCAGAAAGAUGGUGUUGCGAACAACCAUUAGUGGAUGUGAAAAUGGAUUGGUUAAGCAAUAAUCGCGUUCAAAUCGAUCGCGAUAUUGUAUUCCAGAAUUUUCCCGAGAAAUUCGAUUGUAGCAAACUGUAA